ACGGAUACUGAUUCAUUCAACCACCUCUUUAGCCUGGUAGCCAACAUACAACCGAAAACAAGCUCUUUCGACCAUUUUUGUGUAUAUUGAUCUCGGUGUUUUUAACACAAUCCUCUUUACGUAUGUAGAUACGUUUAACUUAAAGUAAUUUGCGGAAUCUGCCCAUCUGUAAUUUGCUUGUUAAAUGUACAAAUGUGUUGAUUAUACCGAGUCUAGCACUAAGCUUAUCGUUAAUGCUAGCUAGCCCGACCAUGAACUCACUGAACGACUACCCUCCUGUUAAAGAAGAGGUCUGCUGGACGGAGAAAGAAGCUCUGGGUCUGAACAUUGUCCUGAAAGAAGAGAAGGGGGAUAUUACAGUGAAAGAAGAGAACAUUUUCGAGUGAAAGAUGAAGAGGGGAUAGAGGCUGUCUCAGUGGAAGAAGAGGAGGGGAUAGAGGCUGUCUCAGUGGAAGAAGAGGAGGGGAUAGAGGCUGUCACAGUGGAAGAAGAGGAGGGGAUAGAGGCUGUCACAGUGGAAGAAGAGGAGGGGAUAGAGGCUGUCACAGUGGAAGAAGAGGAGGGGAUAGAGGCUGUCACAGUGGAAGAAGAGGAGGGGAUAGAGGCUGUCACAGUGGAAGAAGAGGAGGGGAUAGAGGCUGUCACAGUGGAAGAAGAGGGGAUAGAGACUGUCACAGUGGAAGAAGAGGAGGGGAUAGAGGCUGUCUCAGUGGAAGAAGAGGAAGAAGCUUUCAGAAUGAAAGAGGAGGAAGAGGAGGCCAUCAGUAUCACAUUGAAAGAAGAGAAGGAUGUUACAGUGAAAGAAGAGAGAACAUUUUAGAGUGAAAGAUGAAGAGGGGAUAGAGGCUGUCUCAGUGGAAGAAGAGGAGGGGAUAGAGGCUGUCUCAGUGGAAGAAGAGGAGGGGAUAGAGGCUGUCACAGUGGAAGAAGAGGAGGGGAUAGAGGCUGUCACAGUGGAAGAAGAGGAGGGGAUAGAGGCUGUCACAGUGGAAGAGGAGGGGAUAGAGGCUGUCACAGUGGAAGAAGAGGAGGGGAUAGAGGCUGUCACAGUGGAAGAAGAGGAGGGGAUAGAGGCUGUCACAGUGGAAGAAGAGGAGGGGAUAGAGGCUGUCACAGUGGAAGAAGAGGAGGGGAUAGAGGCUGUCACAGUGGAAGAAGAGGGGAUAGAGACUGUCACAGUGGAAGAAGAGGAGGGGAUAGAGGCUGUCUCAGUGGAAGAAGAGGAAGAAGCUUUCAGAAUGAAAGAGGAGGAAGAGGAGGCCAUCAGUAUCACAUUGAAAGAAGAGAAGGAUGUUACAGUGAAAGAAGAGACAGAACAUUUUAGAGUGAAAGAUGAAGAGGGGAUAAAGGCUGUCACAGUGGAAGAAGAGGAAGUAGAAGUUUUCAGAAUGAAAAGGGAGGAAGGGGAGGCUGUCACCUUGAAAGAAGAAGAGGAGGAUGUUUUGGGAGAUGAAGGAGAGGAAGAGGAGACUGAAGAUCUGAUUAACACCAGAGAGAGACCAGACUCUCACUCUGACAGCGGAAAGAGUCCUUCGGGGGGACCAGACCCAGUGACACCCAAACCAGCGAGACAACACCACUGCUCCCAAUGUGAAAAGAUAUUUUCCCUAUCAUGGGCCCUAAAAAGGCAUGAGAGGACACACACAGGAGAAAGGCCUUUCCAAUGUUCCCAGUGUGGAAAGAGUUUUACUUUGUUAGGAAACCUCAGGGAGCAUAAGAGAAUACACUCUGGAGAGAAACCUUACCACUGUUCCCAGUGUGGAAAGAGUUUCGCCUGGUUAGGGAGCCUGAAGCAGCAUGAGAGGAUACACACAGGGGAAAAGCCUUUCCAAUGUUCCCAGUGUGGAAAGCGUUUUACCCAGUUAGGGACCCUAAAAGAGCACGAGACAACACACGCACAAGAAAAGCUCUACCAAUGCUCCCUGUGUGGAAAGAGUUUUAUCAAUUUUACACAUCUGAAUAAGCAUGAAAGAAUACAUACACAGGAGGAGAAGACAUACCACUGCUCUCAGUGUGGAAAGACAUUUUCCCAGUCAGAGGACCUGAAAACACAUGAGAGAAUAGAGAGGCUGUGUUCUGACUUAAGUUUUUGACCUGAGAAUUUAGGUUUUCGUUUAUGCCAAAUGAAAUCAUAUUGUUAACAUGAAAUCAUUAACAAAAUAGACCUACUCUUUUCAAGUUUUCAUCUGGAGAUGAUAAAUACUAUAAAUGAUAAAUACUAUACUAUAAAUACUAUAUACUAUACUAACCUUCAUCCAUUGCAUACGAGUAUAAACCCUCUACUAUUGUUCAUUAUAUUUGGGGGAUAUUGCUAAAUGUUAAUUAUUAUAUAGAUGAAUGGAGUUUUGCAUUUCUUGAUUCUAACCUUAAACCUCUGGGAUUUGAUGUGAUCUGGCUUUUCGCUAAAUGAAUUUGAUUGAAUACA